AUUUUGAGCUGGUGACUGUGGCCGGCUGGGAGUAGGCGGCAGUGAGUUUCCUUGGGAGGGCAGCGCGCUUGGCGCUUCUCCCCUCCCCCCGAUCUGCCUGCAGUCUCGGACUUGGUAGUUGCGCGCUCCGGCUCCAGCUGAGCUGGGAGAGUUGGAGGAGGUGGCGGCGGGCCGAGGUGAUGUCUGGGAGCCCUCCCUUGACAGCCCGGGCCGAGAAGGUGAGCGUCGACGCUGGUCGUGGGGGCGGAGAGUCCCUGCAGGAAACAUCACCCAGGCUGGCAGAUCAUGGUAGCAGCAGCGGGGGUGGCUGGGAAGUGAAACGGAGCCAGCGGCUGAGGAGGGGCCCCAGCAGCCCCCGAAGGCCCUAUCAGGACAUGGAGUAUGAAAGACGUGGUGGUCGAGGUGACAGGACUGGCCGCUAUGGAGCCACUGACCGCUCGCAGGAUGAUGGUGGGGAGAACCGCAGCCGAGACCACGACUACCGGGACAUGGACUACCGUUCAUAUCCCCGCGAGUACGGCAGCCAGGAGGGCAAGCACGACUAUGACGACUCAUCUGAGGAGCAGAGUGCGGAGGAUUCCUACGAGGCCUCCCCGGGCUCCGAGACUCAGCGUAGGCGGCGGCGGCGGCACAGGCACAGCCCCACUGGCCCGCCAGGCUUCCCCCGAGACGGCGACUAUCGGGACCAGGACUAUCGGACCGAGCAAGGGGAGGAGGAUGAGGAGGAGGAGGAUGAGGAGGAGGAGGAGAAGGCCAGUAACAUCGUCAUGCUGAGGAUGCUGCCACAGGCAGCCACUGAGGAUGACAUCCGUGGCCAGCUGCAGUCCCACGGCGUGCAAGCACGGGAGGUUCGGCUGAUGCGGAACAAAUCUUCAGGUCAGAGCCGGGGCUUCGCCUUCGUCGAGUUUAGUCACUUGCAGGACGCUACACGAUGGAUGGAAGCCAAUCAGCACUCCCUCAACAUCCUGGGCCAGAAGGUGUCAAUGCACUACAGCGACCCCAAGCCCAAGAUCAAUGAGGACUGGCUGUGCAAUAAGUGUGGUGUCCAGAACUUCAAACGCCGAGAGAAGUGCUUCAAAUGUGGCGUGCCCAAGUCAGAGGCAGAGCAGAAGCUGCCCCUCGGCACGAGGCUGGAUCAGCAGACACUGCCACUGGGUGGCCGGGAGCUGAGCCAGGGCCUGCUUCCCCUGCCGCAGCCCUACCAGGCCCAGGGAGUCCUGGCCUCCCAAGCCCUGUCACAAGGCUCAGAGCCAAGCUCAGAGAACGCCAAUGACACCAUCAUUUUGCGCAACCUGAACCCACACAGCACCAUGGAUUCCAUCCUGGGGGCCCUGGCACCCUACGCAGUGCUGUCCUCCUCCAACGUGCGCGUCAUAAAGGACAAGCAGACCCAACUGAACCGCGGCUUUGCCUUCAUCCAGCUCUCCACCAUCGUGGAGGCAGCCCAGCUGCUGCAGAUCCUGCAAGCCCUGCACCCACCACUCACCAUCGACGGCAAGACCAUCAAUGUUGAGUUUGCCAAGGGUUCUAAGAGGGACAUGGCCUCCAAUGAAGGCAGUCGCAUCAGUGCUGCCUCUGUGGCCAGCACUGCCAUUGCUGCGGCCCAGUGGGCCAUCUCACAGGCCUCCCAAGGUGGGGAGGGUGCCUGGGCCACCUCCGAGGAGCCGCCGGUCGACUACAGCUACUACCAACAGGAUGAGGGCUAUGGCAACAGCCAGGGCACAGAGUCUUCCCUCUAUGCCCAUGGCUACCUCAAGGGCACCAAGGGCCCUGGCAUCACUGGAACCAAAGGGGACCCCACCGGAGCAGGUCCUGAGGCCUCCCUAGAGCCUGGGGCUGACUCUGUGUCGAUGCAGGCUUUCUCUCGCGCCCAGCCUGGUGCUGCCCCUGGCAUCUACCAACAAUCAGCCGAGGCGAGCAGCAGCCAGGGCACUGCUGCCAACAGCCAGUCGUAUACCAUCAUGUCACCCGCUGUGCUCAAAUCUGAGCUCCAGAGCCCUACCCAUCCUAGUUCUGCUCUCCCACCGGCCACCAGCCCCACUGCCCAGGAAUCCUACAGCCAGUACCCUGUUCCCGACGUCUCCACCUACCAGUACGAUGAGACCUCCGGCUACUACUAUGACCCCCAGACCGGCCUCUACUAUGACCCCAACUCCCAGUAUUACUACAAUGCUCAAAGCCAGCAGUACCUGUACUGGGAUGGGGAGAGGCGGACCUAUGUUCCCGCCCUGGAGCAGUCGGCCGAUGGGCAUAAGGAGACGGGGGCACCCUCGAAGGAGGGCAAAGAGAAGAAGGAGAAGCACAAGACCAAGACAGCUCAACAGGUGAACACCGGGGUCCAGCAGUCGCCGGCUGUGUGGUGUCUUCUAGCAACGGCACUCUGUCAGCUCUCGCCCUCUCCUGCUGAGGGAGAUGGCAGGCGGGUGUGGAUGUGGGCAGUGACUGCUUAGCAGACCAUGUUCCUGCUCCAGCUCUGCUUUUUUGCUGAAUGGCCUUGAGCCAGAGCAGUCUCCUCAGUGCGUGACAGGGUUGCCCAACUCCAGGAGGUGGCUUGUGCCAUCCGAGUGAGCCCUGUCAGGUGUCUUCUGUCCCAUGAUGGGGACCCUUACAUGCUGCUGGUGGAUAUAUAUAUAUAUACAUAUGCCAGAGAAAUUCUCACAGGCCCAUAAAGGGGUGGGCAGGAAAAAAGCCCUGCAGUGUUUUGUGGGAGUAGGCAAAUGGAGGGCACCUCAGCGUCUGUCUGUGGAGAAAGGGUGUGACACUGUGAGCAUAGCAUUUACAAGCAAGCACAAAGUGUUCCCUCAGCAACCUGGUGAAUUCUAAAAAUGGUGCUGUGCUGGGGGGGGGAAACAUGGAAAUAUAGAAUGUGGCAUUGUGGUCAUGCAUAUAAAUUCAAAUUAUACACAGAUAAACAUUCCUAUGCAUUUUAAAAUGAUAAAAUGGAAAUGCACAACAAAUGUGACAGCGUGGGUAUGUGUGAGGGGAAGAGGAGUGUCUUCAUCCAUUUGCUGCUCUAUAACAAUACCACAGACUGGGUAAUUUAUAAGGAAAAGAGAUUGAUUUGGCUCACAGUUCUGUAGGCAGGGAAGCCCAGUGGUGUUGGCAUCUGGUGAGGGCCUUCUUGCUGCAUCAUAACAUGGCAGAGGGCAAGAGAGCAUGCAUUAGAGCAAGAGAAAAUUGGGCCAAACUCCCCCUUUUUAUCUGGAACCCACCGUCAGUGAUGGCAUUAAAUGGAGACUCAAAAGGUGGAGGGGGGCCGGGAGCGGU